GGUUGCUGGUUUUAUUUUGUAAAGUUUGAACUUCCUCUCUUUUGUCCACAUUCCCAACCAGCAUUUUGUGAACAAAGGACUUUGUUUUGGACUUUUUAGCAUUGUUACUGUUUUUAUUUGGUAAGACUUUAAACUUCCUUCCUUUUCCUUUCACUAGACCUGGAAGUGAGACUCCCCCCCCCCCCCCCAAUAAGGGACUUCAUUUUGGUCUGUUUGUUGUUUCCGCCCUUAUUUUGUAAGGUUUCCUCUUCCUGUCUUUGGUUUUCAUUUCCAACUUUGCUUUGGAUCAUCUGCGACCAAGCGAGCCAAAACUGAUUGCGAGACACGUUAAGUAUGCCCAUAAAUCAACACGUGGAUGUAUUUACCGAGUUGAAUUUAGUGAAGGCUCCGCUCAGCCAAUGGCCGGCCUCGCUGCCGGCUCACUUUUGCUCCUUAAGCGCGGGCACACCUGCACACGCAAAGUGGGCGCAGCCACCAGAGGAGAAGGUCCACGCCAGGGGCAAGGGCCCUGCAGGAGCGGCAGCCAUGCAUCGGGACAACCACGCGUACCAACAAAUCCCGUUCAAGGACUCGUGCGCGUACCAGAGAGCGGCGGCCAACCCGGAGGAGUUCGCCCACAGCCCGCCGCCCUGCCUCUACAUGAGCCGCCAGGUGCAGGCCGUCUACCCGCCGGCGGACCCGGCGGACCCGGCGUUCGGCCUCCCUCUCCGGGAAGACUUCGGGAUCCCGCUGCUGCACCAGCACCCGCAAACACCGCAACACCCGCAGCCGCUCACGCCCGCCGCGCCCUACGGGGACACGGACGAGCGGAGCCGCUUUCACCUCCCGUUCCCCUGGAUGAAAAGCACCAAAGCCCACUCCCACGCGUGGAAGGCGCAGUGGACAGGUCCGUACAUGAUGGCGGAGGCCGAGGAGAGCAAACGCACGCGCACGGCCUACACCCGUGCUCAGCUUCUGGAACUGGAGAAAGAAUUCCUGUUCAACCGCUACAUCUCCAGGCCGCGCCGCGUGGAACUGGCGCUUACCCUCAGCCUGACCGAGCGCCACAUCAAGAUCUGGUUCCAAAACCGCCGCAUGAAGUGGAAGAAGGAGGAGGACCGGCGGCGGGCCAGGAGGGGCGAGCCAGACCAGGACUCGGCCGUCACCUCCGGGGACCAGGGGGAGGCGGGGGCGGCGGUCUCGCCACCGCUCUCCCCGGAACUGCGCACGCUGGACCAAGAGAAGGCGCUUUUUUGAAGCCUUGUAAGGAAGAUCGUCACGGAAGGACAAGGGAAAGCGGGGUACACACAUACCGAUAAUCAGGCCCAAUUCUCAGAUUAUCCUGAGUGAUUAUCCUGUGCCAAAAGAGAUUUUUCCUCGCCGAUCUGAUCUGUCAGGGUGUACAAUCGUGAAUGUUAAGCCAGUUUAAUAUUUACAAUCGGAAAUCCUUGCGUGUGGUCAACACCGAAUUGGACCGCGGUUUCCGUGAUUGUGACGUGGGCCGUUUGCAACCAGAUGACCUAACAGUUGACCUAGCUCAGUGGCUCUUGAACGUUUCACACUAAGUGCUGUACUACCCAAAAAAUAAAUAAUAAUAAUGAAACAAUAUGUAUAUAUAAACUUUAGGCGGCACGGUGGCCGACUGGUUAGAGCGUCAGCCUCACAGUUCUGAGGACACGGGUUCAAUCCCCGGCCCCGCCUGUGUGGAGUUUGCAUGUUCUCCCCGUGCCUGCGUGGGUUUCCUCCCACAUCCCAAAAACAUGCAUUAAUUGGAGACUCUAAAUUGCCCGUAGGCAUGACUGUGAGUGCGACUGGUUGUUUGUUUCUAUGUGCCUUGCGAUUGGCUGGCAACCAGUUCAGGGUGUACCCCGCCUCUCCUGCCCGAUGACAGCUGGGAUAGGCUCCGGCACGCCCGCGACCUUAGUGAGGAGAAGCGGCUCAGAAAAUGGAUGGAUGGAUGGAUAUAAACUUUAGCGCUGAAAGUAACACUAUCAUGGCUGACAUUAAAAUACAUUAGCAUGAUAGCAAGUGUUCAUCAAAAACAGAGGUUUUAUUUCUAAAAAGUACAUUUAAUAUUAUUGUAAGCCACUGUAACAUCAUACAAAUGAAAGACUUAAAAUGUAUUGCACAUAAACAAAUACAAAUUGUACUUAAAUAUUUUAAAAUCAACUUCUUUCACAUCAAAUGCAAAUGUAUUGGACUUUAAACGUUAAAGACAACUGAACUGUGCUCGGGCAGUGAUUCUUUCGCUGCCACUAGAAACUCCUCAAACUAAAAAUAACUUUAAUGUCCAGCUUCUUUGUAUUUCUUCUUCUACUACUCUUUGUAUUUGCCAUCAGUCUGCAUACCUUGUGGCUCUGUGCCGCCUCUCACAGGUCAGUUCUGGUACUACAACAGACUGCGUUGUGGGGUGCCAUGUUGAUCAUCUGGAGUACACUACACACAGAAAUCACAUUAAGUAUACACUUGUCAUUUUUUUCCUCAUGUGAUAUUUCAUAAAUUGGUAUGCGUGUACCCAAUCAACACGACUCUUCACAUCCCCAGAGUGGAGGACUAACGUUAGCUACAGCAGAUUACCCAGAAUGCUGUAGUAAAAUGAAGGUGCUCUGACAAAAUAUGUAUUGUAUACAUGUAUAAAGCCCUGAUUUAUAAAUAAAGCAUUGAGUCCCAAUACUUUUGCAGGAGGGAUGAGGAUGACGUUCUCGUGGAGACAUGUAUAGACUCAUCUUUCAAGCAUAUCUGAUAUUUUGUGUGUAAAUACCAGUACAA